CCUUCCGAACAGCGCAAGUCCAUUCUUGCACAAUGAUAGCUGGUGGCACCUGAUCACAGGUGGUACCAUGAGCGCCAUACAAGGCCGGGCAGGAAAAGCCCCUAAACGGGAGCUGGUGAUAGAGUCACCGCAGCAGUACAAGUGUUUGGCUGAGAUUGAGGCCGAAGUGGAGGCUGGGUCACUGGUGGCAUUGGGUAAGCCCAGGCUCAUCGAGCCUCUGGACUACGAGAGCGUGAUCACACAGAGGAAAAUGCAGAUCAUCAGUGACGCGCUACGGGACAUGCUACAAUUCCCUCUGGAUGACUUUCAGAUCUGCACUCUUAAGCGCCAAGCCCGGACUUUGUUCCCGACUGUGCCGGAAAAUGCAGAACAUGAAGCUCAUUCGCUGUUUGCCCAAGAGUGUAUCAAAUCCUAUAAGUCAGACUGGCAUGUGGUCAAUUACAAAUAUGAGGAAUAUUCUGGAGACUUUUGCCAGCUGCCAAAUAAAGUAUUAAGGCCUGAGAAGCUGGUUGCUCACUUGUUUGAAGUGGAUGAAGUGCUGGAAAAAGAUGAGGACACAGCUUCGCUCUGCUCUCACAAGGGAGGAGUGUCUAAACAUGGCUGGCUGUCUAAAGGCAACAUGAACAGUGCAAUCAGUGUUACUAUGCGGUCCUUCAAAAGGAGGUACUUCCACCUGGCUCAGCUAGGGGAUGGAUCUUACAACCUGAACUUCUACAAAGAUGAGAAUACCUCCAAGGAACCCAAAGGAACUAUCUUCCUCGACUCGUGCAUGGGAGUUGUACAGAGCAGCAAAGUAAGAAGGUUUGCCUUUGAAUUGAAGAUGCAGGAUAAGAGCACAUUCCUGUUGGCCGCAGACAGUGAACAAGAGAUGGAAGACUGGCUCAGUACCCUCAACAAAAUUCUCCACAGCAGCUUUGAACAGACCAUGCAGGAGAAACGCUACAGGGACUUACAAGAUGAAGAGGAUCAUGGAGACACAGACCUAUCCUCUGGAAGUUUUCAAGACAGCUUUCAGACGGCCAGAGAUUUGGAGUUUACAAUAAAGAGUGAAGCCCGGCUGAAGCUGUUCACAUUGGACCCUGACACACAGAAAGCGGAUUCCACUAGCACCGAACCGGACGUGCAUCAGUUUGAGGAGAAAUUCGGGAAGAGAAUCUUGGUCAGCUGUCAUGACUUGUCGUUCAAUCUGCAGUGCUGCAUUGUAGAAAAUCAGGAGGAACUAAAAACUAACGUGGAACCUUUCUAUGUGGUGCUAUCCCUCUUUGAUGUUCAGAACAGCAGGAAAAUCUCUGCUGAUUUCCAUGUAGAUCUCAACCACCCUUUGGUCCGACAAAUUUCAUCCUGCUCAACUGGUGACCACACCAUGCACAGUGAUGCUUGUAAGGGCGAGGGUCCCUUGGGUCGGCAAUGGCUAGCCUGUGGGUUUCCGGAGAUGGCUCUCCAAUACCCUAAACAGGGAGUGUUUUCAGUCACGUGCCCGCAUCCAGAGAUCUUCUUGGUGGCAAGGAUUGAGAAGGUCCUCCAAGGAGGGAUCACUCACUGUACUGAGCCCUACAUGAAGAGCUCAGAUUCAACCAAGAUGGCUCAAAAAGUGAAGAAGAAUGCAAAGUUGGCCUGCAGAAGACUCGGCCAGUACAGGAUGCCAUUUGCCUGGUCUGCAAGGCCUGUUUUUAGUGAUGCAUCUGGAACAUUGGACACAAGUGCUCAUUUCUCAGCUCUUUACAGACAAGAUAGCAGCAAACUAUCAGAUGAGGACAUGUUCAAACUGCUAGCCGACUUCAGAAAACCAGAGAAAAUGACAAAACUCCCAGUGCUGUUAGGGAACUUGGAUGUAACAAUUGAUUGUGUGAACCCAGAUAUGACCAAUUGUGUCACUUCCUCCUACAUUCCGGUGAGGAACUUUGAUGGGAAUGAGCCUGGCAGUGCCAUUCUCGAAGUGGAAGAGUUUGUACCCUGCAUCGCCAAAUGCUCCCAACCCUUUACCAUCUACAAAAACCAUCUUUAUGUCUACCCAAAGCACCUCAAAUACGAUGGGCAGAAAUCUUUCCAUAAGGCAAGGAACAUUGCAGUUUGCAUUGAAUUUAAGGACUCUGAUAAAGAGGAAUCCCAGCCACUCAGGUGCAUCUAUGGUCAUCCCGGAGGUUCCCUAUUCACCCAGAAGGCAUAUGCAGCUGUCUUGCACCACCAACAGAACCCUGAGUUCUACAAUGAGAUAAAGAUUGAGCUGCCACCUCAACUGCACCAAAGGCACCAUCUUCUUUUCACCUUCUAUCAUGUUAGCUGUGACAGCAAUGGCAAGAAGAAAGAUGUGGUGGAGACUCCAGUGGGCUCAGCAUGGUUGCCUCUACUAAGAGACGGUAGAGUCGUCAUGAAUGAACAGCAUGUACCAGUUGCUGCACAUUUGCCAGCAGGCUACCUUAGCUGCCAGGAUGCCGUCACCAAGCAUUCUGGCUCUGAAAUAAAGUGGGUUGACGGAGGGAAGUUUCUGUUCAAAGUCACAACACAUCUUGUUUCCACAGUUUAUACUCAGGAUCAGCACUUGCACAACUUUUUCCACCAUUGUCAAAUCACGGAAGUGUCUGAACAAGCAUCAGAGGGCGAUCUGGUCAAAUUCUUAAAGAGUCUCCACGCUGUGGAGGGUCACAUCAUGGUGAACUUCCUGCCCACUAUCCUCAACCAGCUGUUCCGCAUCCUCACCAGUGCCUCACAUGAAGAUGUGGCCGUCAAUGUGACGAGGGUAAUGGUACAUGUCGUAGCGCAGUGCCAUGAAGAGGGGCUCGGGCAUUACCUGAGGUCUUACAUCAAGUUUGUUUUUAAACCAGUGUCUUGUACCGACACCAAUGAAAAAACAGUUCAUGAAGAGCUGGCUAAAGCCAUGACAGCUAUUCUGAAGCCUUCCACCGAUUUCCUAACCAGCAACAAGCUGCUGAAGCACUCUUGGUACUUCUUUGAAGCACUUGUCAAAGCGAUGGCUCAAUAUCUCAUUAAGAGUGGUAAAGUCAAGCUCUCAAGAAAUCAACAUUUUUCCUGCUCCUUCUACCAUGCUGUCGAGACCUUGGUCAAUAUACUGAUGCCUCACAUCACCCAGAAAUACAAGGACAACCUGGAUGUGGCACGCAACGCUAACCACAGCCUGGCAGUCUUCAUUAAGCGCUGCUUCACUUUCAUGGACCGAGGGUUUGUCUUCAAGCAGAUCAAUAACUACCUGAACUUCUUCAUACCUGGUGACCCGAAGACUUUAUACGAAUUUAAGUUUGAGUUCCUGAGAAUUGUGUGCAGCCAUGAGCAUUACAUCCCUCUUAAUCUUCCCAUGCUUUUUGGAAAAGGCCGGAUACAGAGGUUCCAAGAUCUUCAGCUGGACUACUCCCUCACUGAUGACUUCUGUCAAAACCACUUCCUGGUGGGUCUGCUGCUGAGGGAAGUGGGUGGCGCAUUACAGGAGAGUCGAGAGAUUUGUCAGAUUGCCACACAGGUGCUGAAGGGACUGAUGGUGAAACACACCUUUGAUGACCGCUAUGCUGCCAAAAGCCAUCAAGCCAGACUUGCCACCCUCUACCUGCCUCUGUUUGGUCUGCUGCAGGAGAAUGUACACAGGCUUGAAAGCCAAGUGUUUGUACCUCCAGAUCACCACAAGAAUCCAAUGGAGGACUCACUCGUGGCGACCCCUCAGAAGCCCAGUACAUACAUAGACAGCGCUCUUCAGAAAGAUGUGUUUGGGGUUAUCUCUGGAACCACCUCUCCUUACAGCUCAACGCCCAAUAUUGGCUUGGCUCAACAUGCAGGCUCCAGAGGCUCUCUGGUCUCCACCGACUCUGGAAACAGCCUACUGGUGGACAAGAGCAGUAACAGGACAAAUUCUCUGGAGAAGAAGCAGUGUGCUUCAUCUCUGAGCAGUGCCAUGCUGCGUUGUGACAAACUGGACCAGGACGAUGCAAAAAACCUGCUCUUGUGCUUUCUGCAUAUCCUCAAGAGCAUGUCAGAAGAAGCCCUUUUUUCAUAUUGGAACAAAGCGGCGCCAUAUAUGCUAAUGGAAUUUUUUACAUUAUUGGAGUUCUGCCUUCAUCAAUUUAGAUACAUGGGGAAGCGCGUCAUCACCAGGGGUCAUGAAGGGACAGGGCCUCUGAAUACAGACAGGAAAUCCUUGACUUUGCCUGUGUCUCGUAAUAGGACGGGCAUUCUGCACUCCCGCUUACAGCAGCUUGGGACUUUGGAGAACGCUCACAUGCUCAACAACAUGUACACUCACACAGAAGCCGAUAUGAGCAACCAAUGCUUGCUGGAGGCCAACAUGUCUACUGAGGUGUGUCUGACUGUGCUGGACACACUCACCAUUUUCAUUAUGGGAUUCAAGAGCCAGUUGAACUCAGAUCUCGGCCACAACCCCUUGAUGAAGAAAGUAUUUCAGGUGCAUCUGUGUUUCCUGCAGAUCCCUCACUCUGAGGCUGCCCUCAAGCAGGUCUUCAACUCACUAAGAACAUUUAUCUACAAGUUCCCCUGCACGUUCUUUGAUGGCCGGGCUGACAUGUGUGCCUCCUUUUGCUAUGAAAUCCUAAAGUGUUGCAACUCCAAGAUGAGCUCCCUCCGCAGCGACGCAGCUCAUCUUCUUUACUUCCUAAUGAAGAGUAACUUUGACUACACUGGACGUAAAUCGUUUGUCAGGACGCACUUGCAGGUGGUAAUUGCUGUGAGCCAGCUGAUUGCUGAUGUUAUUGGCAUCUGUGGCACACGUUUCCAGCAGUCUCUGUCAAUCAUUAACAACUGUGCAAACAGUGAUAAAAGCAUCAAGCAUACUGCUUUCCCAUCAGACGUGAAGGACCUGACUAAGCGCAUCAGAACAGUGCUGAUGGCCACUGAGCAAAUGAAGGAGCAUGAGAAUGACCCAGAGAUGUUAGUGGACCUCCAGUAUAGUUUGGCCAAGUCAUACACGACCACGCCAGAGCUCCGCAAGACCUGGCUAGACAGCAUGGCGCGGAUCCACAACAAAAAUGGCGACCUUUCAGAGGCAGCCAUGUGCUAUGUGCAUGUUGCUGCUCUAGUAGCUGAGUACUUGUCGAGAAAAGGAAUGUUUCGGCAUGGCUGCUCAGCAUUUCGCGUCAUCACUCCAAACAUUGAUGAAGAAGCAGCCAUGAUGGAGGAUGUAGGGAUGCAAGAUGUUCACUUCAAUGAGGAGGUCCUGAUCGAGCUGUUGGAGGAGUGUGCUGAUGGCCUUUGGAAAGCAGAGCGCUAUGAGCUCAUUACUGAUGUCUACAGACUCAUCAUACCCAUUUAUGAACAACGCAGAGACUUUGAGAAACUGACACACCUGUAUGACACCCUCCACCGUGCCUACACUAAAGUUUUGGAAGUGAUGCAUACUGGCAAACGUCUGCUGGGUACAUACUUUAGAGUGGCUUUCUUUGGGCAGGGCUUCUUUGAGGAUGAAGAUGGCAAAGAAUACAUCUACAAGGAGCCAAAAUUCACACCUCUGGCUGAGGUUUCCCAGAGGCUCUUGAAACUCUACUCCAACAAGUUUGGUCAAGAGUAUGUCAAGAUCAUCCAUGACUCAGGAAAAGUGAACCCAAAAGACCUGGACUCUAAGUAUGCCUACAUCCAGGUGACGCAUGUCGUACCAUACCUCGAUGACAAGGAGUUGGGAGAGAGGAAAACCGACUUCGAGAAAAGUCACAACAUCCGUCGUUUCGUGUUUGAGACACCCUUCACGGUGUCAGGCAAAAAGCAGGGUUUUGUGGAGGAGCAGUGUAAACGACGGACCAUUCUCACCACCACCCACUGCUUCCCUUACGUCAAGAAGCGCAUUGCAGUCAUGUACCAACAUCAUAGCGACCUGAGCCCCAUAGAGGUCGCCAUAGAUGAGAUGAGCGCCAAGGUAGCUGAGCUGCGACUGUUGUGCUCGGCCACCGACGUGGAUAUGAUCCGCCUGCAGCUCAAACUGCAAGGCAGUAUCUGUGUUCAGGUCAAUGCAGGUCCUCUUGCCUAUGCCAGAGCCUUCUUGGAUGACACCUGCGCCAAAAAAUAUCCGGAUAACAAGGUCAAACAGCUCAAAGAAGUUUUCAGGCAUUUUGUGGAGGCCUGUGGCCAAGCACUGGGUGUAAACGAACGGCUGAUCAAAGAGGAUCAGCAGGAGUAUCAGGAUGAAAUGAAGGCCAACUACAGGGACCUGACCCGGGAGCUGUCAGACAUCAUGCAUGAGCAGAUCAACCCAGUGAAUGAUGGCACCAGGAGUUCUGAUGUAGACAUUUUCACAAACAAACUCCACCGUUCCUCAUUUUUGCAAAUCACUGACACUUCUUUCAAGUCCUAACAUGAGGAAAUGGUGGAUGAAGCCAGUACCCACACUUCAUUUUUUUUCUCUGCUCCUUUGCCACAUACUGGACUGUAGCUGGACAAGUGUGCUCCUCUUGCUGUUAUUAACAUACCUCAGUUUUUAGGUCAUGGUGGGGUUCACUUUGGGUACAGUAAGAGAACAAAAUGAAAUACAUAAAACUGUUUAGUAUUAAAAAUAUAUAUAUAUAUAUUUUACUUUAAAAACUGCAAACUACUGGCAGAUAAAUCUCCAAUAAAUCCAAGUAUCCUAGCUAAAGUUAACGAUUACCUUGACACUAUAGAGGAACGUGCAGAAGGUCAUUUAUUUAGAACUUAAGUCAACAGUGUGGAAAAUGAGUAUGUCUCAGUAUCGAACUGAAUGUUGCAUACCAAAAGAAAUCCAAUUCUAAAUAAUACAUGUAUUGUUACACCCCUACUAGUCAUGUAUUUAAGGUGUUUUAGCAGAGUAGAGACUUGCAUACAUACAUGCAUCUGUAUGUUGUUUAUUUACAUGUGUACCCUUUUUUAACAUGACAUAAUUACCGUAUUUUAAAGCAGUGAAGAUGAACUCUCACAAUUCCAAAACAUUAUUUUGUGUACAGACGUCCUACAAUGUGUUUUAUUGCUAGACACAGAUCCGUGAUUGGAUGGAUGUGCUGUAGUCAUUGACAGUUAAGUGUCUGUAUUGUUGUCUUUUAUUCAGGAUGUGUGUAUGUGUUAACAUUUGUAAGUAGCUUUUAUAAAAAGGUAUGUGACAAAUAGCUUUUCGAAGUCUUCAAUAAUGUGGUGUUCCCCCAAAAUAUAAUACAAUAUAUUUUUUUAGUCUAUUUUUAUAUACAGUAUUACCACAUAUUUAGAUACACUGCCACACCUGCACCCACUUUAAACACUAAUUGGAGGCCUUGAGCUUGGACUAAGCAUGUUGAGGUCAAACAAUCGUAUUCCAAAAGCAAGAUGUCAAUUUAAAGCAGAGUGAAAAUGUCGCAUACAUGCACUGUUUUAACAUCUAGAAAUGGUUCCAACUGGGAUGUUGCAGAAAGUUAUUUUACAAUUGAACGUUAAAACAAACAAAUCAAGUUUGCAGUGACCACUUUGUCAAUGUCUACAUGAACUUAAAAUAAACUGUAAACACAUGUUUAUCAAUGCAUUUACUUUUCUUAUCCUCCAUAUACCCACUGGUGCAUAUGAGCAUUUAAACAAAAUAAAUUAGGAAAUGUCCAAAGGGAAUUGAUUUGUGUGUUGAUGAUGUUGUAUAGUGUGUAUGUUGCAAUUAAUAGCAUGAAUAAAAUAUUGCUAAAUAGCAAGGGAGGGCUCUGUAUGCUCUGCGUAUUCCCACGUGUAGGAAUGGAUGCUGGUGGGAUCUAUGAAGGGUGUAUAUCAAUAUGUGGUUAAAGUCGCCUGCAACCACAUAAAAUGUGGUUGCAGUGCUUAGUUUGCAGAGCACUUAUGGUGUCAUGUAGUAGCUUGUAUAUUAAGACAAAGAGGUUAAAUAAAGAAAACCAUGCCCACCAAGUUGAACAUAUUUGUAAGAAUUUCCCCCCAGUAAUCUCAGUCUGACAUAAUGUGGCAGUGAAUAGUAUGUUGCACAGAUGUCCAACAUGUGAGCCUGGCUGCAUUUGUAGCCCCUCUCCCCAGCCUGAAAAGAGAAAAAGUUUAAAUAUUGUAUUUUUAGAACAAAAUAUCACACUAACAAAAAUAACUAUUGAAAUAUCUAACAGAUAAGCGCAGUUCUUGUCAAUUGUUUUCUGUCCUGACGCCCUGGGUAGCAGAAUUAUUUUCACAAUACCC